AUGUAUCGGAAAUAAAGACGUAUGCUGGUGACAAAUUUAGGAUUGGAUAGUUUACGAUAAAAUAGCGCGAAAUAAAUGUAUAGCGUAACAAACUGCGAUCGAAAGCAGUAUGUUUACGAUAUAAUUAGCUACUUUUCCCACGGAUAAAAAGUGUUGGAUAGUUUUACAUUUGUAUUAUUAUGAGUGCGUUCAACUAUCCUUAAAUAAGACAUUCUGCAUCCUUAUACUCAUAAACGCAAACUGUGAGCAAUUUACUUUUGAACAAUAUUUUCUGAAAUUAUGUAAAUUAUUCACGUGUUCUGAAAAGGGCCUCUGAAGAUGUAUAUCGAAUUGGUCGGCAUUCCCAAGAGUUCGGACCCCGGGAAAGGGUUCCAGGGAUAUUUCCACGCCAUGGAGACGAUAUGGCUGCAGCGCCCGAGUGGGGACAUACCGUGGGGGUUCCGGUUACAGGGCGGAAGGGAGUUCGCACAGCCCCUCUCUGUUCAACGAGUGACGCCAGGAAGUGUGGCGGCGAACUCAAACAGCCUGGCUCCCGGCGAUCUUGUACUAAAGAUAGGAAACGUGAACGCCACGAACAUCACCCACAACGAGGCCCAGGAGGUGAUCUGCGGGGCCACAAACAUCCUGCAACUCACAAUCAAGAAAGGUCCCGGAAUAAGCGCCCCUAUGUCACCCACGCCCCUCGGGUCCGGUCAGUUUUCGUCCCCUCUGGAGCAACAUGAUAAAUACUCUACACUUCCAGAUUAUCGCAUCGGAACUGGGUACCAAGCACUUAAUAAUGCCUCUAGUGGAUAUAUUAACGCCCAAGAAAGUAGUGCAUAUGACAUGCGUCAGUUAGAACAAACUCCGCCCAUGUCUGGGUAUAGUACCAUGCCUGUGAGAGGUAGUGCGAAUAAACAGAACACGGAUGGUUUCAGGCCAGUACAACAAUCACAACAGAAUAAGUACCCAUAUAAGUCGACAUCUGGUAUUCAGUUACAGUUGAAUCCACAAACUCAAAGUAAUAUACGCAAUGACAACAGCUACAACCAAAGAGGAGAUUAUAACGAUGGUGGUAGUUAUAGUCAGCCAAUGUCGCCUGUGCAAUAUACGAACGGAAAUAGGACUGAGUCUCCGUAUCAAAGGCAAACAUCGGUAGGUUCUAAUCGCCAAGAUCCUUAUUCCGGUCACCCACAGAGUUAUUUUAAAAAACCUACCCCAUUCUCCCCCGGCUAUGCAGAUAACUACACCGACAACAGCCCACAGCCUCCACGUGCUCAAAGGCAGACGUCGUCCGGAAGUCAGCCAGGUAAUGUGUACGACGCGACGAUAAGCCCUGGCUUUCAGUCCCGCUCGUACAUUUCGGAAGAACCUCCUCCUACCCCACCCCCACCUGUGAACUAUCAGCCUGAACCGUAUAGCCGACCGUACGAACCAGAUUUCGACAGACCCACCUAUCAACGACAACCUUCAAACCCACAAAGCGCUAGCUACAACUACAACUCUAGUCCGUAUGAACAAAGUCAAAAUGACUACAACGCUUACCAAAGCCGUCAGAAUCGUGACGUCUACGUUGAUACAUCAGACAAUCAGUACCAAAGACAAGGUUCGAGACCUUAUGAACCACAACCUCCGCUGCAGCCACCUUACCAACGGCCAAGCAAUCCAAGCUACUAUGAUGACAGGGGGAGCGCUCCUAUGACGCCAACGCGCUUACAAGGGCAGCCCUCCUUUGGGUCGAGCACGCAGUAUGGCUCUCCGGAUCCCUAUGCCUCACCCCAGCAUUUCAGCAGACAGAGCUCCCGCGAUCAGCAGCAGCAGUCUCAGCCGCAAUACUCGCGACAGUCCUCUACUAACCAGUCGCAGCCUUUGAGCAGGCAAUUCUCUCGGGAGCAGCAUUCGGAUCUCCCAACGUACACAAACCCUAUAUCGCCACCGGGAAACACAAUCAACAGCUUCGAAGACAUACUGUCGCCUUUCGAGAACUUUCAGAACUCAAACUACUGCGACAAGCUGUUCUCGCGCUCCCCGGACGCCCGCGGUGGCGACCCUGACAGCGGCGUGAGUAUGAGCUCCGAUACACCCCGCUCUAAUCAGUCCUCUACAUACAGCCCGCCCCACUCCUACCCUGGAGCGUACGACCGAGGCCAGGGUCUUCUGCGUCCCGCUCAUCAGGCGCCACCGCCGCCUCCAGGUCACGCCUCCACCUCCUCCUCCACCCCCUCCUCCGUCCGACUGGGCAUCACAGAAGCCACGUCGAAAACUCCCAAUCCUCACGACGCACAGGGGGACCAGCAGAUGCCGGAUAAGGUUUUGAACACGAUGCUGAAGCACGGCGGCACCCAGAAGCCUUUCUCGUACGUCCCGUCCGGCGCCGACCUGAAGGAGUUUAAAGAACGGGCAAAACAGCGACGUCAGCCACGUCAGGUUAUGCCCCGCGGUUACGUCGGUCCAAGCGUCGAGGAUGACGAUGCGCCCGCUGAACCCCAACGUCCGCAACUGGCGAAACCGAAGCCGGGAGCCAUGCCCAACCCGGACACGGGCGUCUACAAGCAUGCACAAUACAACUCACCACUGCGCGUCUACUCGUCUGACAACGCUAGAGACGCUUUCAACGUGCAGAGCGGGGGAAACGUUGAUGUCGAAGGCGUAACUAAUAACUAUCCUAAUCGGCCGAAAACUCCUCCGCAUUUCAUCACACUACCCAAGAAGACAAUCCGUACGCCCGAGAGACGUCCGAGCGAUAUAAAGGAUUCUGAUGUCUACAAAAUGUGUAAAGACAUGGAUGCACAAGGUAAGGCUGGUAGCGAGUCACAAUUCACUGAGAAUGAAUGUUCAAGGUCAUGUGACAUAGAACAGGUAUCACGUGCUCAGGAGUUUGAAUCACGUGACGUACAAGACCAAGCGCUUUCGCCACAAAUUCCGAGAGGUCAAGGUUUAUCAUUCCGAGUCCUUCAAUGGCUGACAGACACGGCCAAAGACGACGCGGGCGCCGACGGGAACACGGAGUUAGAAAGUAACAAACCUAAGAAGCCCCGCGAUCCCUUAUUACGCCAUAAUUCAAUUGAUGACGAAAUGCGAUUUACUGGUUUGCACACCAAGGCCGAUAUACCUUCGAAAGCCUUCCAAAGGCUGCAUAAAAUAGCGGGCACGGAAACCAAAAGCCCGAGUCCUACCCAGGCUCAAAAUAAUCGACAAAACGAUGAUGAGGACCGCGUGGGUAACUAUGACGAAGCCUCGAUUCGAUACAGGGGAAAGCAUAUACCCUCGCCGUCAUUCAGGCUUCUGCAGACGCUUGCUAAAGAGGAGGAAAUGAAAAUCAAGGCUGGAUCACCCUCCAGUCGCUUCGCCGACGACGAUGAUGACGGCAUGCCGGAUAGAUUGAACGAGGAGGAUAUGGUGGACAAGCGAUACACCGGCGGCAAUAUUCCCUCCAAGUCAUUCAAAGCGCUUAAAAUGUUUGUCGAAGAUGAAAACAAAACGGCAAGUGACAGUGAAGGGGGCGGACCCAAGAUACAGGUGGUCAGCCGAUCAAGGUCCCCGAAGGUGCCACCUAAACCUGACAGACCGAGCCCCUCACCAAUACCACAUGCGCCGACGGCUAUCAAGGCCGCAAUACGUCACGACGCCCCGACGUCAGAUUUUUAGAAAUUAGAGCGCGUUAUCUUAGACUUGCUUUGAUAGGUUUUAUCGUUGUGUAUAAAUGUAUAAAUGAUCUACAUGUAUACAUAAUCAUUGAACACAUUAAUUCAUAAAGCUGAAAAUUUAAAUACAAUUUUUGUACAACUAAGCCGACCAUAUAUAUUUGUGUCAUUGUGUUUUUCCCGCUUCUAUGGUAUGAAGAUAAUCUGUUCCUACGUGCUUUGUCAAAAAUUUGUUUUGGUUAAUUAGAAGAAAAUCCCGUGUGUAUAAUUCUGGCAUAAUGUCCUCACUAAUAUUAACCAUUCGACCAGUCGUAUACAUUCAAAAUAAGCUUACGGGCGAAUAUUAUAGAACAUAAUUGGAAUAUAAUAAGACAUAAUUCAGAAAAGAUGUUUCCUUUUGUAUUAUGUCAACUUUACGAAACGUGUGUUUCCUUGAUUUUCGUUAACGCAUUUAGUGUUAAUAUAAAAUGUUAUUUUUUUAUUUUACAAUUGCAUGUAUAACGGCUUCUGAAUAAAACUGCCCUCGUGGUUUUAAGCUAUCAGUGUUUGUGGAAGUCGUAUGGUUUUCAUUGUUAGGACGGUCUUUCGUAUCCAAAUGUCCAUAAAUAUCGUAAACUUGUGCAAUAUAAAGGAUAAGGUAUCCUUAAAUAAAUUGUAAAUCUGAUGUGAGGCUACAUGCUGUGAAUGAAUUUUCCAUAUUUGUGCGUGUUUGUAUCGGCAUGUACAUGAUCUUAAGAGAUGAGAUGAGGACACUUGUUUUGAACAUUAACAGCAAAGUAAAAUGACGAAAACUUCUGGAACGGAAUUUACAGUUUUACAGUUGUAUGACCCUUUUCUAUUAUUAAGUACAGCAAUGGAAUGACAUGCAGAAAUAUUGUAAUUUGUAAAUACAGUGGUUACGUUUGAAACUAUCAAGGUGAUCAAGGUUAUCUCCGCCGUUCGUCUGUCCGUCUGUCUGUCCGUCCUGGCCACUAUCUCCUCCUGCACUAUAAGCACUAGAACCUUGAAACUUACACACAUGGUAGCUAUGAGCAUAUGUGCGACCCUGCACUAUUUGGAAUUUUGAUCUGACCCCUGGGUCAAAAGUUAUGGGGGUUAGGGCGGGGCCGGGUCAGAUAUUUUCACUCAUUUUUUAUGUUAUUUUACAUUAACUUCUUCAUUUCUGCACCGAUUUACUUCAAAUUGAUACUUAACCUCUCUUAUGACAAUACGGUCAAUCUCAACUAUGCAUGACCCCAUUACCAACCCUGGGGCGCCCCGCCCACAUAGACCACACCCACCCAAAAUUGCCUUUUACUAUAAUUUAUUCAUUUCUACACCGAUUCACUUCAAAUUGAUACUGAAAUUCUCUUAUGACAAUACGGUCAAUCUCAAAUAAGCAUGACAAUAUGGUCAAUCUCAACUAUGCAUGGCCCCAUUACCAACACUGAGGCGCCCCACCCGCAUAGGCCACACUCACCCAAAAUUGCCUUUUAUUAUAACUUCUUCAUUUCUACACCGAUUCACUUCUAAUUGAUACUGAACUUCUCUUAUGACAAUACGGUCAAUCUCAACUAUGCAUGGCCCAAUUACCAACCCUGGGGCGCCCCGCCCAAAUAGGCCACACCCACACACAAUUGCCUUUACUAUAAUUUCUUCAUUUCUAUACCGAUUCACUUCUAAUUGAUACUGAACUAUUCUUAUGAUAAUACGGUGAAUCUCAACUAUGCAUGGCCCCAUUACCAACCCUGGGGCGCCCCGCCCACAUAGACCACACCCACCCAAAAUUGCUUUUUACUAUAAUUUCUUCAUUUAUACACCGAUUCACUUCAAAUUGAUACUGAAAUUCUCUAAUGGCAAUACGGUCAAUCUCAAAAAGGCAUGACAAUACGGUCAAUCUCAACUAUGCAUAGCCCCAUCACCAACCCGGGGCGCCCCGCCCACAUAGGCCACACCCACCCAAAAUUGCCUUUUACUUAACUUCUUCAUUUCUACACCGAUUCACUUCUAAUUGAUACUGAACUGCUCUUAUGACAAUACGGUCAAUCUCAACUAUGCAUGGCCCCAUUACCAACCCUGGCGCGCCUCUGGGUCAAACAUGCGACGUGGGGAUACGCGUCGGCCUCUGCCGCGCCAUUUCUAGUUUAAUAUUGAUAUUACAUGUACAUAAGUUGUAUAUAUAUAUGUAAUUUAGUUUAAAUAUUUGAUUAUGUAUAGAAACAUUAUUAGAUUUUGUUUAGCUGUAUCAAUUUUGCAUAAUAUACGUAUUUAUUUUAUCGUGUGUUUUAUUCUUGAUUUCAAUAUUAAAUUGAUAAAGAUUUUAUGUCAAUUCUAUGCAAUACUUAUUUGAUUGUUUGGCAAAUAAUAUAAUAUACAGAAAGCUUGAUUGGCAGAAUAUUUAGUUCAUUUUUAGGCAUGACUGUUUCUCCGAUAAGGACGACUUUGCCAUGAUAACAUAGGUUAACACAUUUAUGCCUAGCGUCUAGAAAAAAGGCCUUGGCAAACAGCGUAGACCCAGAUGAGACGCCGCAUGAUGCGGCGUCUCAUCAGGGUCUACGCUGUUUGCUUAAAGGAAUUUCUGUAAGAAAUAUUCUAAAUAUGGAAAUAACUCUACUAGACAUCCCUAAUUUUGGAAAUAAAGUGAUCCAAUUUAGAAGGAUGGGAGAGUUCAUUAGGCUUAAAUGGGUUAAACAUCUUUGAUACCCAUGAUGCGCGGUGUAUGUUUGAGUAUUUAUGUGCUGGUUUAGUACGUGUACUUUGCUUUCUUGUAUAUGUAAAUAACCAUUAUGUCAAUAGAACAUAGCGUUACAGUUUUGUUAAUUGAUGCUGUGAUCUUCUCAACUGAGCACUUCACGCUAUAUAAAAUAUAAAUGUAAUACAAAUAUACAAUAUAUGUUAAUAAGGUUUUGUCUUAAAUGUUUGUCAUUUGUGAUUAAUUGAUUAAAUGACUUUUCUUUACUCAAAACAAAAAUACAUGUAUUUAAAAAAGGAGUUCUUUAUAAAAUAAAUAUGUGAGUCUGAACAUAUUAUUCAUGUGUAACAAUACUAUUCAUGUGUAGCCUUACGCAUGUUUUCAUGCCAAAUGUAUCAGACUUUGUUUGCAUGCCAAAUGUAUCAGACUUUGGGAUGUUUACCAUGAUCAUAAUGCGUUCUGUUUUACUACAAUAAACUUAAGGAGCUUUU